ACUGAAGCCGCUCCUCCUGUUUCCGCGCUGCGGCUCUGCCCCGAGUCUUUACCGCAGUGAGAGAUCCGUCAUCUGUCCGUCACAGCAGCGCUCCGGGGGGGCUCCUCACCCUGACACCGCCACCAGCUCCCGAAAACAAACCGGUGCAAAUAGUGUUAUUAACAAUAAUAAUUAAAAAUCAAUAGACAAAGAAGGAAGACGACGUAGACGAACCGCGCGACAAAAUGGGAAAUGAAGCAAGUUACCCCUUGGAGAUGUGCUCGCACUUCGAUGCUGAUGAGAUUAAGAGACUCGGUAAGAGGUUUAAGAAGCUCGACCUGGAUAACUCGGGAUCCCUGAGCGUGGAAGAGUUCAUGUCGUUGCCCGAGCUCCAGCAGAACCCGCUGGUCCAACGAGUCAUCGACAUCUUCGACACGGAUGGCAACGGCGAGGUGGACUUUAAAGAGUUCAUUGAGGGCGUGUCCCAGUUCAGCGUCAAAGGUGACAAGGAGCAGAAACUGCGCUUCGCGUUCCGGAUCUACGACAUGGACAAGGACGGCUACAUAUCCAACGGCGAGCUCUUCCAGGUGCUCAAGAUGAUGGUGGGCAACAACCUGAAGGACACGCAGCUGCAGCAGAUCGUCGACAAGACCAUAAUCAAUGCCGACAAGGACGGAGACGGGAGGAUAUCCUUCGAGGAGUUUUGUGCGGUGGUCGGCGGUUUAGACAUCCACAAAAAGAUGGUGGUGGACGUGUGAACGGAUGGACGACCCCUUUCACCAAACACCCCUCUCUCUCUCUCUCUUUUUCUCUCUCUCUCUCUCUCUUGAUCGCUUUUUUCUCAUUCUGUUCCCGUCUCUCCUCUUCUCCACGUUCUCCUCCACACCUGAGAAUC